AUGCUGCUACUGACAACAGCAAUCUGUUGGCUGCUGGUUCCUUGCGUUGCACUACUCAGCGCUAUCUUGUACCACCGUAUCAAGUACUUCAGACGAACAAAGAGAAAGACGUGGGCUUUCUUCCACCCCUAUUGCUCCAGUGGUGGAGGUGGUGAGCGUGUGUUGUGGAAAAUGGUACAAGUAUUGAGCGAUCUCCAUCACAAAGGCUGGCACGUGGACGAGCUCCUGUCAUCGGCGCCGCGCUUUUCUCUAUUGAUGGAGAGUUUAGGGACGAUGCAACUGGCAUAUCAAGGAUUUCUGCGGCAGUACAAGAAUACUGGGGUGCUGCCUGACAUCUUUCUGGACACCACCGGCUGUGCCUUUACCUUUGUUGUAGCAUCCAUCCUGUUCGGCUCCCGAAUUAUUCCGUACGUGCACUACCCAACAAUUUCCACUGAUAUGCUGCAGCUUGUUUGGGAACGGCGGCGGAGCUCCUACAAUCAUCAGGACUACAUCUCAUCGAGUCGCGUCACGACAUACGUCAAACUCCUCUACUACAUCGGUUUUGCCGUAUUGUACGGUAUGGUCGGGAGUUUGUCGACGCUUGUGUUGGUCAACUCGACCUGGACGUACAAUCACAUUCAAAGCUUGUGGAAGGGCGCGGCGUGGUCCAAGGAUCGCAUCCGAAUCCUCUAUCCUCCGUGCCGCGUCGCCGUACCAUCCAAGAACGGUCCCAAACGCGAAAAGAUUGUUCUUUCGAUCGGCCAAUUCCGUCCGGAAAAGGAUCACAAUUUACAGCUCGAGGCGUUUGCCUAUUUAUUAAAAAACCAUGCCGAGCUUCGUGGACAGGUACAGCUUGUGUUGUUGGGUGGUUGUCGCGGCGAAUCGGACCAACGACGACUAGAGGCACUACAAGUGUUAGCCGGAACAUUGCAACUGGAAUCUUCCGUCCAAUUUGUGGUCAACCAAAAGUAUUCCGUGGUCGAACACUGGCUACAAAAAUCAAGUGUAGGCAUUCAUACGAUGUGGAACGAACAUUUUGGGAUUGGAAUUGUCGAAAUGAUGGCCGCAGGGUUGAUCGUCGUCGCACACAACUCUGGUGGACCAAAGUUGGACAUUGUCACCGAGUACAAAUCUCAGUCGACGGGGUUUCUGGCCACGACGAAAGAAGAAUACGCCCAGGCCAUGUACCGAGCCUUCACGAUGGGUUCUGCCGAGUCGCAAGCCAUGCGUCAGGCGGCUCAAAAGUCGGCCUCGCGCUUCUCGGACGUUGUGUUUGCAAAAUCGUUCGAAGAAAUUUUGCUUCAAGCCAACUUGCUGUGA